GGCGUCUGGUUUUUUUAGACAAUGAACUUAGAGGAUGCUAGCAAAAGCGUUCCGCUUACCAACAAUAGUAGCAUUUUCAACUUAAACCUUCAAAUAAAGUCUACUUGGUUUUUCUUCGCGUAUUUUUUAUUCAUUCUGACAAUAUGUCUGCGCGAAAAUUACAAGUGGAAAUUGAAAAAACGUUUAAGAAAGUGACGGAUGGGAUUAUCGUUUUUGACGAAGUGUACGAAAAACUGAAUGCUAGCGCAAGUGCCUCUCAGAAGGAGAAACUAGAGGGCGAUUUAAAAACGCAGAUCAAAAAGUUACAACGGUUACGUGAUCAGAUCAAGACAUGGGCUAGCAGCAAUGAUAUUAAAGACAAAAAGGCUUUAAUAGAGAAUCGUCGAUUGAUUGAAGCGAAAAUGGAAGAGUUCAAAGCCGUGGAACGAGAAAUGAAAAUUAAGGCAUUUAGUAAAGAAGGACUGAGUAUCGCCUUAAAAAUGGAUCCCAAAGAAAAGGAAAAGCAUGAUACGAUUCAGUGGAUUUCGAGUGCAGUGGAAGAAUUAGAGCGUCAGGUAGAACUGUUAGAAGCAGAAACAGAAAGCUUGCGUGCGACAUUUAAGCGAGGAAAACGGGAUCUUUCUAAGCAAUCUCAUCUUUCCGAACUAGAAUCGCGCAUUGAAACUCACAGAUGGCAUCAAGAAAGACUCGAGUUAAUAAUGCGACGCUUAGAAAACUCUCAGAUAUCUCCUGAAACGAUUAACAAUAUUCAAGACGAUAUUAUGUAUUAUGUCGAAUCCAGUCAAGACGCUGAUUUCGCUGAGGACAUGAACAUUUAUGAUGACCUUGAUUUGGACGAUUCUUCGGGAAUAUAUGAUGCAGAGAGGUCCGCAAACUCUUCUUCCCCAACAUCUGACGACUAUUCAGAUAAAGAGGAUGAAAAUGUACCCGUCGUUGAUUCACCGCCUCCAGAUGAAUCUUCACCGAAGGAUGUUCUGUCAACACCACCGUCCGCGGCCUCUGUGCCCCAAGCACAUGGAGACUUGAAAGAACCGGACUUAUCUUCUUCACCCAAAGAAAACCAGCAAAUCGAGAUCGAUGGCUCUAGUAAACCACAACCGCAAAAUAGUACACCAUCUUUUGCAAAGGCUGCUGCUGUGGCUGCUCCUAGUAAUCCGGUCAGUUCUGUUAAUUCGGCUUCGAUUAUCCAAAAUAAGCAAGCUGCUUCCCCUAGGAUUUCUAAUGCUUCUGCUCCAAAGGAAAAGAAAUAUGCCUUUGCUGCUGCUGCCGCUGCCGCUGCUGCUGCUACUUCAUCGAAGGAUUCGCUUCCUGCUCGAAAUGACACCCCUGCUUCUCCAAAAGUGGGAUCCAAUAUUAUCCAUUCUAGAUCGGACACUCCAGGUCAUUCUUCGUCACCAAGGCCUCAAGAAUCAAACCCAGUUGUUCAGUCCGAACUUACAGAACAAGAUACUAAAACAGGUAAUGAUGGUAUCACAGCAGAGGAGAGUUUAUCCCCGCCCCCUGAGUAUAUUCAAGAUUUAGUGGGAGCAUUGGAUGCCUCAAAAGUUCGACUUCACUACCCCAUGGAUAGAGAAAAGCUGACUGAGGCACUCAAUAUUAGCUGCGUAUACGUUCCUGAUGCAGUCGACGCAGCAAAACCAAAAUUUUACGUCCCUAAAGAUCCUUAUCCAGUACCUCAUUAUUAUCCACAGCAGCCUCUUCCCUUGUUUGAUUCUCCGGAAAUGAUGGAAGUCGUAGAUCCAGACACACUGUUUUACAUGUUUUAUUAUCUACCUGGCACAUAUCAACAGUAUCUCGCUGGACGGGAGCUUAAGAAGCAGAGUUGGCGUUUCCACAAGAAAUAUACAACGUGGUUUCAGAGACAUGAGGAACCCAAAAUGAUCACAGACGAAUAUGAGAGUGGAACUUACAGGUACUUUGAUUUUGAGGGUGAUUGGGUGCAGAGAAAAAAGGCUGAUUUCCAUUUCAUGUAUGAAUAUCUCGAAGACGAUGAGGAUUGGAGUCGGUGAACGUAUUUAUUCUCAAGUGUUACGAACAUAAAUAAAUUCUUUGGGCAUAAUUGUGUUUGUACAAUUUGUACCCGUUCAUUCCUACAGGGUAAUUUAGAUAAUUAUAAGUAAUAUAUAGCAUUGCAGCAGACUAGUACUUUCCGUUA